GCUUCGAGUUGCUCCAGCAUGGACGUGAGACAUGUUUAUCCAUUUGAUCUCCAGUGUCCCCAUCCUGCAUCUAGGGCCGUGUUCAACAACACCGAUUCCGUGCGUGGCUCCAUGCACAAAAGUGCGGGGCAACCUUUGAAGUCCGUCUGUGAAGUCCGACCACCAUAAAAUCGGAUACAGUGACAUCCUUGCCACAGACCACCAGCUCCAUCUAUAUCCAUUGUCAUUCUUCAAUCUUGUUGCGUUUCCGACACAACAUCCCACUGGAGGAAAAUGGCCGGUCCGGUUCCUGUUGCCCGCUCACUGGGCGACAUUUACACUCCGGAUGCGCUGCCGGCGCAGACCAAGCGAUGGAACAAUCUGCUGGCCAAGUUUGAGUCGAUCUACGGGCAUGAAGCCGAGUUUGUGUCGCGGUCCCCGGGCCGGGUGAACAUCAUUGGCGAGCACAUCGACUACUCGCUGUACUCGGUGCUGCCCAUGGCCAUCACGGCCGACGCCCUGCUCGCUGUCUCGGCCGAUUUCACUCCGACCAAGGACGGCACCUUCAAGAUCAAGAUCGCCAACAUGCAAGCUGAGAAGUUCCCCUCGCACGAGUUCGACAUUGCGUACGAUGCUGUGGAAAUUGACGCCACGGUGCACGAAUGGACAAACUAUUUCAAGUCGGGCCUGCGUGGGGCGCUGGAGUUGCUGCGCAAGAAGCAUGGGGAGGGCUUCCGGCCCAAGAGCAUGAACAUCCUGAUGGAUGGCACCGUGCCCGCGGGCGGCGGCUUGAGCUCGAGUGCGGCUUUUGUCAGUGCCAGCGCGCUGGCCGUUAUGGUGGCUAACGGCGAGCCGACCGUCGACAAAAAGGAGUUGACGGAGCUGGCGAUUGUGAGUGAGCGGGCGGUGGGUGUGAACUCUGGCGGUAUGGACCAGUCCGCCUCGGUCUUCUCGGAGCGCGGUUCUGCCCUCUUUGUGUCCUUCGCUCCAACCCUCAAGGCUCGUCCGGUGCACUUUCCCAAGACGAGGCCUGAGCUUACCUUCCUCAUUGCCCAAUCCUUCGUCACCUCGGACAAGUUCGUCACCGGGCCCAUCCACUACAACCUGCGCGUUGUCGAGUGCAGCCUGGCGGCGGCCUAUCUCAAUGCCGUGCUCAACCCGCCUGGCACCCAACUCCCCAGCGAUGCCGCCCCGCUGGGCAUCAGCCUACACGGCUUUCACGAGACCUACUUUGCCCUGCAGGAGCACAGUACAGGCGCGACCUCAAGCAAGUCCGUCUCGGACCAGCUGACCGAGCUGAUCUACCUGACAUCCAAGACCCUCACCAAGCUCGAGGGCUACACACGCGAGGAGAUCGCAUCCGUGCUCAACAUGACCGUAUCCGAGCUCGACGCUACACUCACCUCCCGCUUCCCCGUCCGCGCCGAGCGCUUCAAGCUCCGUCAACGUGCCCUGCACGUCUACAGCGAAGCCUUGCGUGUGCUGCAGUUCCUCGCCCUGCUCGAGACCGACCCCAUCACCACUGGUACCAAUCCAGAAUCAACAGAAGCCUACAACGUCCGCCUCGGCGCCCUCCUCAACGAGACCCAAGCCUCCUGCCGCGACGUCUACGAGUGCUCCUGCCCCGAGAUCGACACUCUCUGCACCAUCGCGCGCAAGGCAGGCGCCUAUGGCAGCCGGCUGACGGGCGCCGGCUGGGGCGGGUGCAGUGUGCACCUCGUGCCGGCUGACAAGGUGGCUGCCGUGCGCGAGGCCUGGGAGCGCGAGUACUACAGUACCCUGACACUGAGCGAGGAGCAGAAGGAAGCGGCUGUGGUGGUGAGUCGGCCGGGGAGUGGCAGUGCUGUGUUUCUGGUUAAAGAGGGGACCUUGGCUUGAUGGUUUUUGAGGAAAGGUUGUUUGCGCAACAAGGGAAAUGGAACAAGGGAAGUAGUAGUUUGUUAGUUGGGCGGCAAGGCUUCAGGUUUGCUGCUGCUGAUGGCUUGGUGGAGGGAAACAGAAGGAGAUGCAGCGUGGUCUGGGUGUUGUGGAUCAAUACCAACCAUGCCUUGAGGUCCUGGGCCAGAAAUCUGCUUGGCUGGUUUGUCAGGCCGUUCAUCUUUGUAGUUAUACAAUGUACUUCGGGGCACGUAACUGAAGCGAAGGCCAU